CGGACAACAAAUAAAUGGCGUGAAAUCACAUCCGACAAUUUUUUUUAACAAAUUAUUUUCUUAAAUAUAAGGAAAUUUCGGGUAUUUAAGAAUUUCUAAAAUUAAACAAUUUCUGAAAUUAAAAUAAUUUUUUUAUACUGCAUUAUUCUUUCUAAAGUCAGUGAAAAUGAGGAAUCCGCCGAUUUCUGUGAUUUACGUAAUAGUAAUUUACUUUUUUGGACCUUUUAACCUUUUCAAAUUUGGAAGUUUUUUACAACACGGUCCAGAGAUUAAGGAAAAAAGUGCACGGCUUAUUUCCUAUGAUUCCAAACUUGGGAAAAUUGAUCUCGAGUUCAAUGUAGGCGUUCCAUUUCUAUCAAUUCCAUUAGAACGCAGUGAAUCUUCCAGAGGACCAUCAUCCCUUUUAAAAGUUAACAUAAAAGGAAUAACACUUUUGGGAAUAUUAUUCGCCUCUAGCGCAUUUGUCAUACCACUGUUAUUCAAACCUACUUCUCAAGAUUCUCAACGUUAUCGGAUGGACGAGGGUUCUCCGUUGGGGGAUGUUGGUGACACAGUAACCGAUUUUUUGUUACGUAACGGAUAUGUUACACCCUGCGUUCAACGAAUAUUAUGUUCAUUAGUGACGGGAGUCAAAAACUCGGAAAAUCAAACCAGCACUGGAAAAAUUAUCGAUGGUAUCGUCAGCAAUGAAUGGCUACAGCAAUACGUUAACGGUAGCUUGAUAAUGGACUUUAUCAGAAGAGGAAAAGGAACCGAGAGAGAUUGUCUCUCUCACAAAGGAUGCCCCUUAUCGGAAAAAAUAAUUGACAAUUCGUUAAGAGCCUUAAACAUAAUUUCUUGAAACCUAAAAAAAAUAGUAGAUAGGAUAGGUUGUCUCAAGUUUAUCUUUUAAAAUAUCAUUA